UAAACACACCCACCCACACACACACACACACACACAUUCGUUGAUGUAAAUAUAUACGUCUCCUUCACACUUACACACCCACACUCUUUCCUGUAUGUACUUUUUCCCUAAACAUAUUCGCUCACCCACAGAAACAUGCACACACAAGACAGAAAGAUAAACACUAAAUGAUAAAAGAUGGUAAAUAAUUAAUACCAGGGGGAAAGUAGAUAUUCAUGAUGUUGUGUCUGUCAAGAUAUUGGUUCCUGCUGAAUUACAAGACAGACAGGAACAAUAUCUUUUCAUACUGUAGCAGGAAUGUGAUGCAUACAGUAUGUUAAAAAAUCUGAAUUGAUGUUAUCGACUGAGCUAAAUUUACCAUUAUGAUUAAAUUUCUUUGGUACAGCACAGUGUGAGCCAAUUGCGGUCACUUUGUAUAAUCAGAGUAAACCGCUUUCAUCAUGUAAAGUUGCUUUUCCACACGUCACCUCAACAAAAUGCCCCUUUCUUCCCUGGAUAUGGAUAACUCCCAGUGGUGUUAUCUCGUCAUGUUUGGUGAUACAUAGAAAUACCACUACUUAUUUGUAUUCAUACCGUUUUUUAAAGAAAAGUACCAGUCUGUGUCAGUCCGUGUACAUGUCCAGUCAGGUUUGUUUCCGGCCUCUGGUUAACAGCUGCACAACAGUUUCAGUCUCUUUCAGCUCUGGUAUUACAGCAGUGUUUCAGGCUAAGUCACAUAAUUUAUUUAGGUGGGAGGUUAUGGGGGUUAACAAGAUGGGAUAGUCUGUCUGGAGCCACUUCCAUAUGUCAUGGAUGACAAAUUCUAAUGAAUCUUACACAAGAAUCCUGGAAACUAUUCAAUUCCUCACAGCCCUAAAAAGAAAACAAGAGAUCAUUAACAAGUGAGACAUGCUCUGAAAAACCUGAACAUUCCAAAGAGAUGUAACAGGAAUUCACGUGGUUCACUUUAUCUGAAAUUACCGUAGUCAACAGUGAUGUAAGUAAUAGCAGACUAUAGUGAUACGACUAAUAGCAUGCACACUCACUCAGUAAAGCAUUUAACAAGAAGGGAGGUGGAGCUGGUGCACAAGGGUCGUGAGUGAGGGAGAAGGGGGGGAUUGUGGGAGGGCAGAAAGAAGGAGGUGAUUGUUUGGUAGAAGGAAAAUAUAUAAAGGGGGGAAAGAGACAGAGAGGGAGCAAGUGGAGGGAAGACAAGGAGAGAAAGAAGAAGCUGAUCCACGUUCCGAUAAGGAUUAAAAACUUUUGCAAGCAACAGACUGCACAAUGGCUGCCCUCAGGGACCUUCCUCUUCCCCUGGUGAUCAUUUGCCUGGUUUUCAUCAGAGGUUACGCUCCCCUGCCUACAACCUCCGAAGUCACGGGGACCAAUCCCAUAACACCUCUCAGAGCAAGUGGGUUUACAAGCGAGGCCCGUGCGCUCCCCCCAACUGAUUACUAUGACGAUGACACGGACCGCCCUGCUGUACCCGAGACACCGUUUACAAAUGGAGGGACCAGAAAGCGAUGUGACUACAAUCCCUGUCUUGAGAAUCAGACCCCCUGUACCGACCUAGCAGCCUCCACCGGCUGCUUGUGUCCAGGGUUUACUUUGUAUACUGAGAUUCCAGAGGCCCCUGACCUGAAAACAGUGUCCUGGAAUGGGUCAGAGGUUGUCGUUCAUUGGUGUGCGCCUCUCUCAUAUGUCACAGCUUAUCUUGUGACAGUAGGGGAGCAAGAGAGCAGGCGGUUUCGUGAGGACCAAAGGAGAGGAGCAGUGGGUGACAUAGACCACAUAGCAGAAGUGUGUGUGGUCGCAGUGAAUGAUGCUGGAAGAAGUAAGCCGUCCUGUACGAUGUACCAUCCCAGAGACCACAGUCUGCCUCUGAAAGCAGGACUCAUCGGGGGAGCUCUGGGCUUCCUGCUGCUCCUCUUGCUGGCCGUCCUGCUCUGGAGGCACAAGAGGCAAAGGAAACAGGAGGCCAGCAUGCCUAUGCACUACAUCCCUGAGACUCAGUGAACAGAAACACUGGACGCUCUUUGGUUUUGUUACAGUCCAUUCACUGUGACUACAUUAUAACGUCUAAUUUUCCACACAAACAUGUUUUCUGAAAAUGCUUGAGGCAACUGGAUUUAUCAUCUCACGUAAGGCUGGUUAUGUUCAGUGCAUAACAAACAGAGACCAUCUGAAACCCCCAUCCCCCUCCCUCCCCGAGAUAGCGUGUUCAAAGAAAUUUCAACAGCAUGAUUUGGAAAUCAGAUGCAGAAAAAUAUUGCAUUCAUCAGCGUUGUUUUCCAAGAAUGAAACCCAGAUGACAAGUAAUAAGCAUGCAAACAUGCUGCAAGACAGCUGAUGUGAAUUUGGUCUUUUUUUUUUUUUUUUUUUUGUUUUGCAUUUCAAAUGUUUGCUGUUUGUUUGGAGCUCUGAAAUAUGAAUCAGCUAUCAGGACUUCAAGAAAUGUGCCAGUGAGUUAAAAUAUUUAUGGAGUAACUUUUUGCUACUGCUUUCCAAAUCAUUUGUAACUAAUGGGACAUAACAUGCAAAACUACCUGUAUAGUUCUUUAAGUAUUUAUUUAUUGUUUAAUGUUAGAGAUGUUCUGUCAUACAUGGCUAAAAGGAACUAAUCAAAAUCAGCUCAUACAAAACUUUUAAUAGUAUAAAAUACAAUGAAAAUAAAAAUAGAUUCAUAACAGGCCAUGUGAUGCCACACAGAGGGGUGGCAGAAGGCAAGAAAGUGGUUACAGAAGUUUAAAUGAAAUGGUAUGAUUUGCAAAGUAGUAGCUGUGGCUAUGUGAAAACAUACUGUAUAUGGAAAAAAUGUGUAUUUUAUGGUUGUGUUAAGAUGCGUUAAAUCUCUCCGUGAGAGUUCCUUGUUUUUUGUGUUUAAUUAAAGAGUGACUGGAUCGUGUAAAGUUUCAGGGUCUUAAAGUAAAUGCUAUUAUGUGCUGUAUUAUGUAGUCUACUGUAUUUAUGAACAUAGAUUGGUUGUGGCCUUUAAUCCUGUACAUGUUAAAGGUUUGAUUCUUUGACGUGUCCUUAAAUAUAAGUUUAAGAGUGAAACACAAAAAGUCAGGCAGACUGGAGCUACUGUAUAUGUACGUAUGUUCAAACAUUGCUAUUAAAACUGCUGCACCCAUA